AUGACGAACCCGAAGCUCAGCACUUUGUUGCUCGUGUUCAGACAUGAACGGCGGCUGCGUCUCGCAGCGCCGUGUCUCACCACUGCCACGGCCAAGCCCUGUUUCCGGCUGGACCGGACACUCCGAGAGCGGAGCCCGGAGCAGCCCCCGCGGACACUGCACCUGCCCUGGAUGCGGCUGCCAGCCCGGAGCAAACGCCCCCGGCACCGCUCCAGCCCCAUCCCCGCGGCAGCUGCCGGGGAGACGCUGCGCCCCCGGCUCCCCAGCAGCCCACGGCAGACGGACACCAGAGCGAGCUGCUCGGGGCUGGCACCAGCGCCAAAACCAGCACGACGUGGGCUGGAGCAGGAGUCGGGCCGAGCUCACGGGCAGCACACGGGGAGCCCUGCCCCAGACGGCGGCAGCGGGACCGAACCGGGAUGCCCGGUGCUGCCCGGCCCGGACAUCCAGGUCCUCCCCGCCCCGAGCGCGGCCGCUCCCCAGCGCCGCACGGCGGAGUCCGCACGGCUCCGCUGCAGCCCAGCCCGGAACGACCAACGGCCCCGUCCCGGCCGCUCCAACUCUGCUCACCGGACCACUCCCCGCCGCCAGCCCGCUCCUCCGGACCCUCCCCGCUCACCGGAGCGACCCCUGCCCGGUUCCGCCAGCCUAUUGCCGCUCACCGCCGGUCCCCCAUGCCCGAUGCUCGCUGACUCGGCUCCACUCACCGUCGCUCCCGGUGCCCCGCCCCGCUCACCGUCGCUCCCCGUGUCACACCGAGCAUUCCGGCGUGCCCGGCACCCCUCACCCCCCCGGUGUCCCGGCCGCGCUCACCGGCCCUCCCCGCCCGUUCCCAGUGUCCCGGCCGCGCUCACCGUCCCUCCCCGCCCGUUCCCGGUGUCCCGGCCGCGCUCACCGGCCCUCCCCGCCCGUUCCCAGUGUCCCGGCCGCGCUCACCGUCCCUCCCCGCCCGUUCCCGGUGUCCCGGCCCCGCUCACCGUCCCUCCCCACCCGUUCCCGGUGUCCCGGCCCCGCUCACCGUCGCUCUCCGCCACCCGCCCGCUCCUGCCCGAACAAAAGGCGAGCAGCGCCCCGCGCACCGCCCCGCCCGCCUCAGGCCCCACCCCCGCGCCGCCCCUCCGCUAUUGGCUGCUCCGCACGCCCAUCAACCCCCGGGCGCGCCGGGCUCCGCCCCCGCCGGACGUGUUUAUCCGCUCCCCAUUGGCGGGGGCGCGGUCGCCCCGCCCCCUUCCCGCAGGUGAUUGGACAGCGGGGCGCGGUGGGCGGGGCGCGGCGGCGGCAGAGCAAGGGCGCGACCACGAGGGGACCACCUGGGUGACGUCAGUGGGCGCGGCCAGGUGGGGCCGGGCCCCGCCCCUGGGCAGGGCUGGGGGCGCGGGGACCCCCGGGCCGUGCGGGGACCCCCGGGCCGUGCGGGGACCUUGGGCCGUGCGGGGACCCCCGAGCCGUGCGGGGACCCCCGAGGCAGGAGCGCGGGGGCGGCUGGAAGCGGCAUUCGGGAAGGGCUCGGGGCUGCUGGCGCUGCGUCAGCCCGGUCCCCGCCGGACCGGUCCAGCCGGGUGCUGCCGCCGCGUCCCGGGCGAAGCCGCCGUCACCCAGUGCCCGAGUCAUCCAUCGGAUAUGUCCCAGCCCACCCCAGGACCCCCAGCUGUUGGGAAGAUCCGCAGGCCUUUGUCCCCCGGGCUGCGGUGCCAGCGCCGCUCAUCCACCGGCCACACCCCACCGGGCUGGCUCUCCCCUCCCGAGAUGUGA